AUGUCUGUUACUGUUAAAGCAUACAAAGCUUCAAAAAAUUCCCCCCGUAACUAUACCGAAAUUCGUCGUUUCGGAGUGCCAGAAGAUGUCAUUACAAAUUAUGAAUAUUUGUUCAAAAAUAUUUCUGAAGUAUUUCCUGGUUUGAAACAAGGCAAUUUUACUUUGCAUUGGAUAGAUUGUGAUGAUGAUCUCAUCAGGUUUAACACGGAUGAUGAACUUCUGGAAGCACUGAAUUCUAAGAAAGGACCAUAUUUCAAAGUUGUUGUUCUUGAAAAUGCUCCUAAAGCUUCACCUGAAGAUGGGGAAUUACACCCUGGAGUGACAUGUGAUGGAUGUGAUUCUGCUAUUCGUGGUCCUCGUUACAAGUGUCUUAUGUGCCAGGAUUAUGAUCUGUGUCGUACUUGUGAAUACAAGUCUCUGCAUGCUGAGCAUCCAAUGAUAAAACUUCCUACUCCUGGCUCUUUUCCCAACUUCAAGACUCAUUUUUUCAAUGGUAAUGGUGGCUGUUGUGGUUCAUUUGGUGCAACCUCUGCUCCUGGUGGUUGUUCCUUCAGUACCUCAUUCUCUACUUCCUCUGCAAGUAAUGACAAACCAAAGGACGAGAAGAAAACUACUGAUGAUAAGAAAGAGUCAAAAAAGGCUCCUGAAUAUUCACCCAAUAUGUUUCAACAUAUUGGCGAACAUCUUUCUUCUGUGCUUAACCCAUUUGGGAUUGAUUUGGAUAUGAAGUUGGAAAAAGAAGGCCAAUUUCAGAAUGUAUUUACAGGCCGGCCCUUUGGUCCACAUGGUCCUCAUCCUCACCCUCCAUUUGGUGCUCAUGGUCCUCCUCCACCGUUCCCUGCACCUUUCGGCCCUCAUGUCUCUGCUCCUAGUGCUCAUGUAUUUACAUCUGGGCCUCAUGUUUUUGCCCAUGGUCCUGAGGGGUUUAACGCUUCCUCUGAAACCAAUGCCAAGAUUGCAGCUAAUGCUGAUAAGAUUGCAAGAGCUGCAGCUACUGCAGCUGCAGAGGCAGCAGCUGCUGCUAGUCGAAUUUUUGCUUCUAACUGCAAUAAAACUGCAGAAUCCACUGAAGAAGCAACUCCUGCUGCAGAUGCAGCAGCUGCAACAAAACCAAAUGAAAAACCAGCUGAAUCCCCAGUGUCUCAGCCAAAGUCCCCAACUCCUAUGGACACUGCUUCAUUGGAUGAGACAAAUUUGAAAGAAUCAUCGUCAACAGAUAGCACAAAUGCUGAUGGUUGGACAAUGCUGAGCCCAAAUUCCAAAGGUGAAGAGGGAGUUGAGGGGCGCACACCUGCACCUUAUGGAUUAGUGAGCAAUAGCAUCAAGCAAGACAAUGAUCUUUAUUAUUCAGAAGACCCCAAAGUUACAGAUGCAUUGGAUCAGAUGAUGAGUAUGGGUUAUAGUAAUGAAGGUGGCUGGCUCACAUGUUUGCUGACAGCUAAAAAUGGAGACAUCAGUGCUGUACUGGACAUAAUCCAAAACAAUGUGCAGAAAUAA